UCCUUCUGAGAGACUUCUCAGUUAGAGGGUCUUGAAUUUGUCGAAAACACAUAACCAUCACAUACCCCAUACUACUCACAACAUCGGGAGAUUCCCCUAAAUGUCGAUUCUUGGAAGUAAUUCAUAAAAUUACAAUAAAACGAAUAAUAUCGUUUUUUUCUUGGUAAAUAAUAUGAAGCAAGAUGAGCAGCUCCCCAUCGAUGAUGAGUCAAAUAAAAGAAGUUUGCGAUCCACUAUGGAUUUGAAAAGCCAUGAACAGGUUUCUAAUGGUCCCAUUAAAAUUCAAGUUUCUUCAAAUAAUGUUGACGAUAAUAUUGAUUUUAAUCCAGCAAUUGCCGCAUUGAGAAAAGCAAAACGAAUAGUCAUCGUCACCGGCGCUGGUAUUUCAUGUGGAGCAGGAAUUCCCGAUUUUCGGUCCUCUGAUGGACUCUUUUCUUCACUCCGGUCAGAAUAUAAGUUAAAUUGUUCUGGAAAAGAAUUGUUUGAUGGCGCGGUAUAUCGUGAUUUGAAAAGUGUAAAUAUCUUCCAUGAAAUGAUCAAAAAGCUUCAUGAACUUUCAGAUAAUGCUGUCCCCACAGACUUUCAUUAUUUUUUGUCAAAACUAGCCAAAGAUUCCAAACUUCUUCGUUUAUAUACUCAGAAUAUAGAUUUUCUCGAAACACGGCUUGAAGGUUUGCAGACAUGCACUCCUUUGCCUCAAUCAGCACCUUGGCCUACGUCUAUACCACUCCAUGGGACAUUAGAAGUCGCACGGUGUACGAGAUGCCCCUUCGUUCGACCCUUCCAUCCUGAUUUAUUUGAGAAAGAUGGUCUUACAGCUUGUCCUGAAUGCAGAACUCAAAAUGAAGUCCGUCGUAUAGCUGGAAAACGACUGAUUAUGGAAGGAUGUUUACGUCCACGAAUUGUUCUCUACAACGAAGGGCAUCCAGAUUCAGAAGCGAUUGGAGCUGUUUGUUCGCAAGACUUGAAAUCAAGGCCCGAUUGUUUAAUUGUUGCGGGCACCUCCUGCAAAAUUCCCGGUGUUAAAAGAAUUAUAAAGGAAAUGAGCAAUAGCGUACACCGUCAAAAAGGUUCAGUAAUUUGGCUAAAUCAUGAUGCUCCUACAAAGGAAUUUGCCAACUUGUGCGAUAUAAUUAUUGAGGGAGACUGUCAGACUGCUAUUCGUAUAAUGAAACCCUCUUUGGAAGCUUCAAGGUGGAAACCAAAGGUUCACUCGACUACAACUUCAGUUGCCAAAAAACGGACUUCAGGACAAGCAAAACUUACUGCUACCACGAAGAUCACGAAAACCGAAUCUCCUGCAAAAAAGGUAAAAAAAGAAAGAUCUCCAUUGGAAUCAAUAAACAAAGUGAUGAAGCCUGUCGAAAUGCUGGAAAGGGGCGUGAAACCUGAGGUGGAAUACUCUGACUUUUCUAAGCGCUCUUAAACCGUAUAUCCUAGCGGCUCGAUCUACAUUGUAUUCUAUUAGCACUGUAUCUCAUAAUCCUUUUUUUUCUGACUUUUAUCCACCCCUUUUCCUAUUCUUAUACCUUUUGUUUUAGUUGUUGGUUGGCCUGAACAAUGCUUCUAGUAAGGUUUCGGACCCUUUUCGAAAUCCAAACAGGCUAAUCAACUCAUGGAAGCGAUAUUUAAUAUUUUUUGUAAGUAAUGAAAUAGACUCCGCGCUCUUUUGGGGUACUUUUUUUGGUUUAAAUAAUAUAUUAUACUCCG